AUGACGACGUUUAUUUCAACUGAAACUAUUCCAUUAUUAGAAUAUAGAUCGAAAUGGGAAAGAAUUUGGCCGAAAGAUGGAAUUGAGACUAUUACAUUGAGUAAGAAGGUAUGGACUGGGAUAUACAGGUCUGAAAUUAUUCAACAGUUUUCCCACUUUUUUCAAAAAAUUGCUUUAUUCUAAAAAUCUGAACUUUCAAAAUUUUAAAUUCCCCCCAAAAGCUGAAAUAAAUUUUCUAGGAACCUCCCUCGUCAAGAUUCAUUUGUUCGUUCCCGUGUUCAAAGAUACAGUAUCAAUGACUCGAAAAAUUUGUCAAAACAAACGGGAUUUGUAAACACUGUGAACACAUCCAAAAAUAACCUGUCAAAAUGAAAAAAUCAAAGAGGAAGAUCAAGUUUUUGUGUGGGUUUUGCACAAUGCUUUGCCACGUGUCAAAACUGAAAAUGUUGUCGAAAAUGGAGUUUACACAUCUACAAUUUAUUAUGAAAAAAUUAGAGAAUAAAUGUUUUGUAUGCUUGGUUAAUAAAUGUUUUCAGAAAAAUUGUUGAAGUAUUGUUUAUUUGACCGAUAUAGAUAUUUGUUGAAAUAAUGGUUUUUUGUCUGAUCAGAUAAAAAUUCCUCAUAAAAGAACAUUGAAUUGUCCAAAUUUAAGUAGGUCAAAAAAUCAAAUGACAAAUAAAUUCCAACAUUUAUUUUUGAAAUCUGUAUUUCUGAUUUCAGCUAUUCCUAUUUCAUUGAUAGCCUUCAAAGUAUAUCAAAACUAUCAAAAUCUUCAAAUUAUUCAGAAAAAUGAAGCAGAAUUCAAAUGGUCUGAUAUAAUUAAUUAUAAAGAGUUGAAAGAUACUGUAGAAAAUAAAUUGGAAGAUGGAUACGGAGUUAUUUUAUUGAAAAUAGACAUGCUAUUAGAAUGACUCUUAAUUGGUUAUGUAAUAUUCAAAAGUUCCCAGAAGUCCAGAAAAAUAUAUUAUUCAUUGUUAUGGAUCAAUAUUCUGAUGAUGAACUUCGCAAAUUUUAUCCUAAUUUGAAUAUUGUUAUUUGGUUGUCUCCUUUACUUCAAACAAGUUUUCGACCCUAUGAUACAACUUAUAUGAGUUUCUUUUUGAUGAGAACAAAUAUGAUUCGAGCACUUCAAGAAUUCGGAAAAUCAUUUUGGAUGUUACAAGCUGACACGAUUUGGACUGAUGAUUUUUUCAAAAGUUUUGAUGUUUCAAAAUAUAAAGAGAAUUCUGAUAUUUUAUUAGAUCAACAAGGAUUUUCAGGAACUGCUGAAGUUCGGUUAUUUUUAAUCAUUUUUUCAAUAAUAAAAUUUCAGACAACGAACAAUGAAUGGUGCGAAUUUCUUUGUUCCUGUCAAAAAAUCAUCAAAAUCUUUGGUUGAUUCAUGGCUAUCCUGGCAAAAAUCCGUUUAUAUAACUGACCCAGAUCUCCUCAAAAUGUUCUGUCUUCGACAAGAUUUCAAUUGUGAAUAUGUUCCUUACAAGUAGGUUCUCUAACAGUUUUCUUUUUAAAAAUAAGACUUUUAGGUAUAUAACAGGAUGGGAAUGGAUAUAUGGAGAUCAAAAAUUGGCACCAAUGUUAAUUCAGAUGGAUGGAGAAACUGGUGGAAAUAAAGAACAAAUUCUGGAAAAAUAUAAUUUCUGGUUUUUGGAUAAGAAUAAUCAAUGUGAUUUGGGAAGAGUUGAAAAAGCGAUUCGAUUAGUUAAAAAUGGAAAAGUCACAAGAUUCAUUUCAACUUCGAAAGCCAGAGAACAAUUUUAUUUGAAGUUGGGAGAAUUCAUGAAUCAAAUUCCUGUUUUUGGACAUUAUUCUUCAAUUUAUGGAGGAUUGACAUCAUUGUACUUGCAAAUAUUUUGA